GGCAGCAGCAAUACAGGCCAGAUGUUCAAACGCUGUCUCUUCUUCAUGCAGCUUUUCACCGGCUUGGCUGCUUUCCCGGAGUGUACUACGAAGGCCUUCCUGGAUGCAUCACCGCUCGCAUGUCAUCACGCCCUGAUGUUCCCGCAUGCGCGCGAUGACUGCCCUAUCUCCGCCCUGGAAGAUAGCCAUGGUCUGUUCACCGCUGGAUUCGACAAGAUACUGACCUCUGCCAUCGGUGACGUCAGCCUGGAUGGUGCACUAAUGCGAGUCACGACGCCGGCUCCGUUCAGUAUAAAAGCCACACCGCAGCUUCAUCGCUUCAGUGGGCAAGGCAGCAGCAAUACAGGCCAGAUGUUCAAACGCUGUCUCUUCUUCAUGCAGCUUUUCACCGGCUUGGCUGCUUUCCCGGAGUGUACUACGAAGGCCUUCCUGGAUGCAUCACCGCUCGCAUGUCAUCACGCCCUGAUGUUCCCGCAUGCGCGCGAUGACUGCCCUAUCUCCGCCCUGGAAGAUAGCCAUGGUCUGUUCACCGCUGGAUUCGACAAGAUACUGACCUCUGCCAUCGGUGACGUCAGCCUGGAUGGUGCACUAAUGCGAGUCACGACGCCGGCUCCGUUCAGUAUAAAAGCCACACCGCAGCUUCAUCGCUUCAGUGGGCAAGGCAGCAGCAAUACAGGCCAGAUGUUCAAACGCUGUCUCUUCUUCAUGCAGCUUUUCACCGGCUUGGCUGCUUUCCCGGAGUGUACUACGAAGGCCUUCCUGGAUGCAUCACCGCUCGCAUGUCAUCACGCCCUGAUGUUCCCGCAUGCGCGCGAUGACUGCCCUAUCUCCGCCCUGGAAGAUAGCCAUGGUCUGUUCACCGCUGGAUUCGACAAGAUACUGACCUCUGCCAUCGGUGACGUCAGCCUGGAUGGUGCACUAAUGCGAGUCACGACGCCGGCUCCGUUCAGUAUAAAAGCCACACCGCAGCUUCAUCGCUUCAGUGGGCAAGGCAGCAGCAAUACAGGCCAGAUGUUCAAACGCUGUCUCUUCUUCAUGCAGGUCCUUCGCCGUUGAACGGCGUGGCGCGUGCCACAGAAACAAGGGUGCAGUACCGAGGCGGGAUGACAACAUCAUCAUCCCUGAGGCGUAAUGAGCUCCGUAGUGGUCCAAGGCAAU